UAUUUACGUGAAGAAAUUAAGCCACACUUGUUUGUUUUGCACGUGUAUUUUCUAUAAACCUGCAUUUGAUGCAAUUUUUUAUAUGAAUCCCGAUUGUACGGCAUCUUUAUGGGUUCCUCACGUUUCUUUGUAGCCAAUCUGCCACCGAACACAAAAGAGCACCAAUUGAGGGAGGUAUUUCAGGAUUAUGGCACCGUAGAACGAGUAGAACUGAAGACCAAGGAGAACCCAUUUGAGGCGGACAGUGUGAAAGUAAUAGCGUUUGUGACGCUGCAGAUACAUCCGAAUGAUGUGAAUAAUUGCGUUGGUGCGCUGAAUUGGGUGACUAUAAAUGGCGCGAAGAUAAAAGUAUCGGUUGCGAAGGAAUCAUUUUUAGAACGUUUGAAGCGUGAGCGUGAAGAAGCUGAAAAGGGAAAGAAUGCUAAUAACCAAGUGGUUGGGAAUAAGGAGCCAAUAGAGUCAGUUCUGCCACGAAAUGCGGAAAAUACGCGAAAGACUUUUACUGAGGAAGAAUUGACGGAGUUGGCAAAUAAUGAUGAUAUUGCAGCGGAUUUGCUAAUUAGUAAAAAACGCGCCGCCAGUUCUUUGCACAAUGGAAGAAUAGUCAUACAAAGCUACGACACAACGCCGUUACAUAUCAUCGAAGGAGCAAAGAAGAAAAAGAAAAAGGCAGAUGGAUCGGAGACUGUAGCUGAGCAGAAGCGUAAGGAAUCGCAAAAUAAAAAGACCAAGCAGUACAAGGAAAAGAAAUCUGUUAUACAACAGGCGCUCUCUGUGCUGCAUGGGUCAAAAUCAAAGAAAAUAAAAUUUAGCGAUGCAGAGGAAGAUGAUGAACACACGUCAAAUGUGCCCCAUCCCAAUCAAAAGUCCACUACCAAUAUUUUUGGUUCUGAUGAUGAAGAAGAAACAGAUAUGAAAUUGGAACUCAAACCAGAACUGUUUGGCAAAAAAGGCGGGAAACUGCUGGAAAUGCAAAGCAAACAGAGUUUAGAUCCACGUUUCCGAAUUGAUGCAAAGUUCGUCGAAGACGAGGAAGACGUGCAAGUAGAAAGCGCUGAAAAAAAUUAUUAUGAAACCUCAGAAGAGGUUAUAAAUGAGCGCAGUUGGCAAAUGGGCAUACUUGAACAGGUGGUCGGCACAAAACUGGACACGGCCAACAACGCACAAAAAGCGGCACGUAAAAAGCGAAUGUUGCGCUACGAUCCUUCUAAGGAAGGGGAUCAGAAACUUCUUCGUGCUACAAUUAAAGAAGCGUCAGCGGAGGAGGACAUAACUGUAUCUAAGGCGGCAAGUAAAAAGCAGAAAAAGCAAGAAGUGGAAAAUGAGAAAUCCACAAUAGAAGAAUCUGCCACAGAAGUGUCCAAAGACGUGUUCUACGUAGUCACAGAUACGCUAGCCGAGUCGCUUAAAACGCGCGGUGAUGGUUUUAGCUUGUUGAAAAUGUUUGGCAAUGAUCAGGCUCAAGACAAGCGCGCUGAUGAAUUGAAGAAAGUAUCCGACGCCAAGAUUCUCGUGAAUAAGCUGGACAAGAAUGCGUUGAAUCCCUUCAAAUAUGACUCGUCUUCGGACGAAGAGGGCGAAAAUGAGACAAAACAAAGUGCAGCAGAAGCUAAUCAGAAAACGUUGAAAAAAGAAAAGAAACAAAACAAAAUUGUAUUAGAAAGUUUCUUUAUACCGCGGAAUGAUGCGAGGCUGAAAGAAGGUGCCAAAUUUUUCCGAUAUGAAAAGAAGGAUGCACCUGAGGAGGACUAUGAAGCUGUUCGUAAUCGUUUGAAACUCUUGAUUAGAAACAAAAUUAAUAAGACAAAGAAAAAUGUGUUGGCUAGCAGUGGUGGCGGUAGAGUAGGGCAUAAAAGAAGAAUAAAGGGACACCAUUGAACAGGAGGCGAAAUUUCAAAAAUUUCUUUCUAUGUAAAAAUAAAAAGGCAUUUUAUUGUUAAAGCGAUUUUCGUUAGUUUUCA